CAUCACAUCAUGCAUCCAGCACUCGAGGCCCGUUUCAAAAACGAAUUCCCCACCCUCUUUCGUGACUCUCGCGUCCGAUGCUACAUUGAAAAUGGCUGGGAAGGGCUUCUUCGUAUCUUGUGCUUAACCCUCACCCAGCCUGAUGAAACACCCUCCGACUCCGAGUUUGAAUCGCGGACAAUCCUUAUUCAGGUCAAGCAACGCUACGGCUGCUUACGGGCAUACAUCAGCAGUACCGCGGCACGGCAAAGGAUAAAGUUCCACGUCGAACGAGAAUCUUAUCUGGUUUGCGAGAGGUGUGGGGAAGAUGGACGGCUGGCGACGGUCGAGGGGUGGAUCUCGACGGUGUGUCAAGAAUGCGCAGACAUGAUCCGAGCAGAUGGCAAGGAGUGGCGCUGGCUUGAAGUGGGGUUUGAAGACGAAAGCGACGAGGAUGAAUCAUAG